AGAAAGGCCUAAGUGUCGCAAUAUUCUAUUUCCGCAACAAUAUCAAUUUUAAACCUGUUCGCGACCUCGCUCGCAUUAACGGUGAAAAUUCAAUUGAAUUUGUCAGGGACGUUAUCAUGGAUGACAUCGUUGCUACAGGCAGGGUUUCGUUGCAUCGUGAACGAACAACGCGAAAACGGACGAUAAUUUCAGCGAACGUGCACUUGUGUCAGUUUCGACGAUAGUGUCGUUCGACGGUCCAUCAUACGUGGUCGUCGUUAUAUGGGUACGCGACCACGGAUCGACGCACCUAUUUUUAUGAACUGGCAUAGAAAACGAAAAGGAAAUUGCCGUCGAUGUCGAAAGACGCAAUUUUACGAGCGAAAGCGGGGCAGGCUCGGUUUGAUGCUCGCUAUGCGCGGCGUACCGUAAAUCACGGUUCCCCGAAUUUCGAAAGAUGCUGGAUUGGAAUAGAACACCAUGUGGAGUAACACGCGUAAUCAUUUAAUGACCAAAGAGAUUAGCAGGUUGAAUAUAUGAAUUUUGUUGCAUACGGAUUUGUGAAACGUACAUUAAGACCAACCGAAUUAAUCGCAAUUGUGUGUGUGUAUGUCAGAAAUGCAUCGAAGAGUACGAAAAACACGAAAAAAUGAUGAAACGUCGGCAAUCAUUUCGAUCGGUCAACAGACAUGUAUUUAAGAUAGAGAUUAAUGUAAAAUGUCUGUUUAUGUCACAAUAUACAGUGAUCGAUAAUACAGUACGCAAAGAUUUAUGUAAUUCGUCUGUCUUUGUGUGACUGACUUAUCAAAAGAACGUAAUAACGGACUUUGAUAAAAAUCCGACAGAAAAUUUCUCAUAAAAUCGUUUACACUUACGUAUCACCAUAAAAUGGCUUUAAAACGCGAUUCAAGGGAAAUAAAGUUUUCCGCUUUGCCCUGAAGAAAUGAAGCGGAAUGUCGAUAAAAUGUUGGAACAAAGCGCGGCAUACUAACAAAAACGCGAUUGAAACCCGCAAAGAACCACAAAUAUGCCAAAUGCUAGAUAACCAAGAUCGAAGAAAUGCUAGAUUUUAACUAAGGAGGGUCGACAGACCUUCCAUAAUCUAUAAAUCUAUAGGACGAUUGUAUAGAAUGCCUGGAAUCGUAACUGGUUCGACGUCAAACUGUUACGAACAUACGUAUCGGUUAAGGAACAGGAAACUUUCCAUAUAUCGUUGAAUAUCUUUUCCGCGCAGCGUGCGCCCGGAAGUCGCAGAUGUCCGCCAUGUAGCUUUAUGCUCCGAUCACAUGCAGCGGACACAGAGUCGCACAUGUGUCAUCGGUGUUAUUGAAUUAUUAAUAUAAAGCCGGACAUCUGCCCAAAUGCGUUUCGACCACGUUCCAACAACAAAAACGGUUAAUAAAAUUCCCGCCCUCACGAGGCAAUUUCAUUUUAAAGCGAUAAUAGAGGUGAUAAUAGAAAUGAUAAAGAAUCUUGAGAAUCUUGGCACCGCUCUCUUUGUCUUCUAAUUUCACUCUGGAAUAAUUCACGUUGUACGAAAUUGUUUUAGAAUGCAUUAAACUUUUGAUUGAAUCCGGGUGCUCGACGUAAAAUUCGUGCAACGUCACUAAAUGCUCGUUCUUUCUUUCACUUUGAGUGGCAGUGCCAAUUAGUUUGCAAUUUAAACUUGAAACAAACGGAUAUGGAAUAUAAAAAUAUAGAAUUGAUUGUUUUUCAAAUGGAUGGGGAUUUAUAGCUGAAAUAAAGACGUGGCUUUUUUAUUUGUAUCUUACACACUAUGUUCAAAGAGAACAACUAUUUCAUACGCAAAAGAUCUCGUUGGCUUGAGUUGUAAAAUUUCUCUAAUAAUUUAUAAAAAGAAAAAAGAAAUUUGUUUCAUAAUUCAAGAAAUCACAGUCCUGAAAAUAAACAUUCUCUGUAAAUAAUUGGAUCGUGUUGUAAAAUCGUUGAAAAUCUACUCGUAAUUGUAAGGAUAAGCGGUCGAUUUGUUCGCCGUCUGGAAAUACUAGCUUCUGUCGUGCAAGUGGUAAUAAAGAUUACCAGAGAUUAACAGAUACUUUCUUGGUGUACGGGCGACAACAUUUAUAUAUAAAAUCGCCAGCGCUAUUCAAGAUCUUUCCACGCCAUUUCAGAUCGAUUCAGUUACUUACGAUAUUCGUCCCGGAGCAAAUCGUACAAAUUUCGCGAGACGGGUAAUCUAAUAGACAGAGCCAAUUGUAACGUAGAAAACAUUAUUUAUUUUAUCUCGUUUACGCAGCAAUUCGAUUCGAUUGUUUAGCGAACAGCAAUUGCCGUGAAUGAAAAAUGGCCCCUGGAACGACUUCGGAGUUUAUUUUAGUUCUGGAAUUAAACGAGCGUUCAAUUAAACGGAGAUUAUUAAGAGUGCUUAUCGCUUCUUGAAAACUUCAGUCGUGAUUUAUUUCACAGGCUCGCGAGUGUAUUUCUACAAAAUUUAUAUAAGUCUAUCAAGCAGCGUCGGCUCGCGCGAUUCGUCCCAGACCUUACACUUUCUUCCACCGCGAAUGCAAAAUGCCUCGUAAAAGAGAUGGUUAACUUCCUUAUAUCUGACAAAUUACGCCUAUCGAACGGAUUACGCGCCCGUGAAGCUUGGUAGAAUAUGUGCAGCUAUAUAGCAACGCAUGUUUCUAUCCUUUAUGCAGAGAAGCGAGAAUCGAUGAUGUAACCGAAGUGGAUGCAAUUACUGCCUUUAUAUUGUACGUGUAAUUUAUAGUCAUAUCGCUGGCUUAAUGGUUAAUCACGUUAAUUAAUUAAUGCGACCAUAGUAAGAUAAUUAGAGUAUCGGUAAUAUAUUUAACGAACAGAAAUUUUACACGAAGGCUGGUCGUAAAAUUUGAUCGGAGACCGGGGAGAGGAUCAUUUCUAUCGGCGUUUUAGCACGCGUAUCUAUCAAUUUUCAAAUUAGGAACGAAAAUCGAGUAGCAUCUCGUUUCAAGAAUGUGUACCACCACGGUAACAUGGUACGAAGAAAAGAAAGAGGCGAAUCAGACGAUGGAGAAGGACGUGGAACCGCUUCCACUGCCAGUACGAACCUCGGCCAGCCAACGGAUAAUAUGGCGAAAUGUGAUUGGUAUCAUUGUGCUUCAUUUCCUCGCCAUUUACGGUUUCGUGAGCGGUUAUCGAGAUGCCAAGCUUUGGACGUGGAUUUGGAGUUUUGCGUACGGUGUCGUGGCUGGUUUGGGAAUAACAGCAGGAGCUCAUCGCCUGUGGGCGCAUAAAAGUUAUUCCGCCAAGAUUCCUCUGCGAAUAUUUCUUGCUUACUUAUAUUGCAUGGCUGGUCAGACGCAUUUUUAUAAAUGGAUACGAGAUCACAGGACGCAUCACAGAUACACAGAAACAAAUGCAGACCCGCACGACGCGACCCGUGGAUUUUUCUUCUCUCAUAUCGGCUGGCUGAUGGUUAAAAGGCAUCCAGCCGUGAAAGAAUACGGCAGUAAAAUCGAUAUGAGCGACAUCACUGCGGAUCCUGUAAUAAAAUUCUUUGACAAGUAUUACGAGGUCAUCAUGGUUUCGCUGUGCUUCGUACUGCCGAUAUUGUUGCCGGUGUUCGCGUGGAGCGAAACGUGGUUCAUAAGUGUUCAUGCGAUGCUCAUUCGCUACGUCUGGUCGUUGCACGCCACUUUUAUCGUGAACAGUUUCGCCCACAUGUGGGGAAAUCGACCGUAUAACAGGAGGGUCAAGCCAACGGAAAACCCAACCGUUUCUUUCUUCGCGCUGGGUGAAGGUUGGCAUAAUUACCAUCAUUCUUUCCCGUGGGAUUACAAGGCUGCGGAACUGGGCGCAUAUGGCCUGAAUCCUACCACCGGUUUUAUAGAGCUGAUGGCGCGCUUAGGCUUGGCGUACAAUUUAAAAACACCGAAGAAAGAGCUGGUCGAUCGAACGAUACUGAAGAAGGGCGAUGGAACGGACAGCCUUUGGGGACAUCGGAGACACUGAGAAGAUUUCGUAUCGGGAGCGAUAUAGCCAGGUCGUAAAACGAAGCGUUAAAAUAGGGUCACUAGUUGAUCUAACUGCAGCUAGGGUUAUGUGCAUUUUGUAUGCACGCUGGUACUUACGUACGUCAGCUUUCUGAAAUUUCUGACAGUACAAUGAUAAGUCAUAAAAUUGAUAGAAGUCAGAAUUUUGUAAAAUUUGAACUGAUCCUGAGUCGACAUAGUAUAAUCCUGGACGAAGCUCUGGGUAAUUGCUUAUGUCCUUCAAAUUACAUAUUUCAACUGUGUUAUAUAUUCUACUGACCGAUUUUGCGAUCUCACUGUAUCGCGUCCAUUUACUAUACAUACUAAGUUUUUUUAUAUGACUGCAAGAAGAAAAAACGGCAGCCUCGAAUACCAAAUAUUAUUUUUAUAAAGCAAAAAUGUGGGGUGGAAAUAUUCUUUUUAUUUAAAUGUUUUUGUAUAUUUUCGUAUUUGCAGAGGGAUUUAUAUGCUUCGGACGUCACGCGAAUCCUUUUGCUGUUAUCAUUCCAGGUUUAUUUAGCGCGUUUUCGCAUCGCGUAUCAGGCCAGGUCAGGUAUAUGGGUGAACACGUACGUGUAUAAUGCUAGGCCGAUGUUUAUGUAGGAACAAAUAGUUUCCUCUACGUGUAUCUACCGUACUUAUGUUUCUCUCCAAUUAAAGCCACCGCAAGUGUUUUUAUAAUAAAACCGAUCACAGCGAAAUCGGGCAAUCUGUUCAAAUAUUAAAUGACGCUGAAAAAACAUUCGUUCGUUGGUCGUAGAAAGUAAUCGAGAUAGAUUCACGUUAAUUAGCGAGGAUAUUGAAUAUUUACGAUGGUAUACUAUAUACUGUAGCGUGCUACAGAGUACAACGAAUGAAACGAAAACGAACAGAAUACCUUCACGGAAGUUCGUCUCGAAAUGCAAAUAGCAUUUGCAAAUGAAACGAAAUAAGGCUUACUUUACCAAGGAACUUUACGAAUUUCCCGUUGUAGCAUACACAACCGUCAGCGCUGAGCUGACAACAAACUUUAAACAGGGUUCACCGUUUGCAAGCUCCAAAUUCUGCCACAGCGUUAUAUAGGACGUGAAAAUUAUUUAUUCGAUACCAUGUACUAUACUACUAUAUUUCUGAACGUGAAAAGUAACGUUUCAAGAGCAUUUUCGAAAAUACGAUAGCGGAGCUUGUUACUCAUCGCGUUGUUCAUUUAUUCAAGAAGUCUGUAAGAGUUGUCGAAAAGCGACCUUGUUCUACCUUGCUUUAACGGUAAAAGCACCAACGAAGGGUCGUCGUUUCAGAAGGUACGUAAUGAAUGCUGCAGUAAUGAACCGUGUUUAGCCUAUGUAUUCGGGCGUACACCCAUAUACAGCACGGUCAUUUCCGGUUGGUACUCUGUGUUGUCCAUCUCUUUGUCCCUUAAAAUGUCACUUCUUUCGUAGAAUUAUCGAGGAAUAAGCGUCAAUUUCUCGGCAAUAAAUAGACUUUAAUAUCGAUUAAUCAGAGGCAAAACGCUUCUAAUCGAGCCUAAACCAAUGUUAAUUAACGAGCAUGCAAUUGUCGAAAACGAAACGAUUUCAGAUAAUUUCGGCACGUUCCGCGUUUGGUAUGCAUGAGGCUCGUGUAAAUUUUCAUCAGGUGAUCAUUAUUGGUCCGUGUUCGGUAAUGAUGGUCGCGCGUAUUUUGCGUACACGCGGCAGCCACUUUCACUCGUCGCGUUCCGACACGCGGCGCUUGCAUAUCGCACGAAUUAUUCAACGAAACGGCGGAAAUUAAUUAUCGGUGCAACAACGGUUACUGAAGCUUUAACGAUGUAGUAAUUACAUGCUGGCUGCUCGCCGUACUGAGAAAACACGUAACCGGUCGUGUUUGCAAUCGUGUAAUAUUUCGCAGAUUUGUAUUAGCUACGCGAUAGAUAUCGCGCAUAGAUUACACGCUUUAUAAAUACCGGCGGCAUUUCUGCUCUCCACGUGUUCGUUCUACGAUAUUGUUUAUCUAUGUUUUAGAUUAUCGUUGGUACCACCCCCGUUUAUUUUUAGGCAGACAGAGAGGGAAGGAAAAAAAGAAAGAAAGAAAACAUUGCACGAAACUACAGGCUAUCGUAAAGUCGGGCAAAAAUACACUACGAGUUUCCAUAAGUAUGACACGAAGGCAGCGCAGUUAUAGCGACUUUUCAUAUUUAUAGCUGGACAGGACAUUGUUUCACCGUAUGUACGGCUACUGGCCUAUAGUAUUUUUAUCUUCGACAGUUAUUCUCGGAUGAUAGGUAGCCGAUAAUAACAGCGUAGAGACUAGUUUUUUUAUUAGCUACGCAGUAUCAUCGUUUUGGAAGAAGAAUGCGCUAAAAAUGGAAAAUGGUAAUCGAUGAAUGUUAUAUUUCAGAGACGUAAAAAUGUAUUUCUAAAAAAUCACGCAAUAAUUCGUUGGGGAAAAUUUGUCGUCUAAAUUAAAAUGCAAAGUAGCUCAAACAGAGGGAUGAAUCAUUGCUCUCAUAUCGAGCUAAGGGUAUUUCUAUUCAAACAAGGAUGUCAUGGAAAAUUAACGUUUUUUUACGAUCCUAUUCGGAUAUAACAUUUAUCGAUUCUGAUUACCUUCAAUUACGGUUAUACCUUAGUUGGAAACGAUUUCGCGGAGAAUCACUUUUCUACGUUUCUCCGGUAAUUCUCUCGUGUAUUGAUUAACGAUAAGAGAUGAAAUCAGUGUCUGCGUCCUCACACUAUGCACCGUGUAUUUCUGCCAUUCCCUCGGCAUCGUCGAGUAUUUUCCUCUAUGAAUUUGUUAUGACCUUAGCAAUAGAACGGAUCGAUAAGACACAUUCUGUCUGUGCGCGCCUCUGAUGUGUCUUUUACCGUCGCCUCGAGGCGAUGGAAUAAAUUUGAAUCGCAUAUAUGUACAGAGAAAGAUCGUUCGUUGAUCCGAUACGACUGGAAAAAUCAGAUUUACUUUGUUUCAUUGUUCUUCUCUUGACCAUAUGCAUUUCUACAUUUCUAAUUUGUAAGCUUCCUUCAUAUAUGCUACCAACUAUUCUUGAAUUACUUACUGCCAACAAAAUUCGAGUCACUGAAAAGAAGCGCGUUGCAGCGGAGUUAACGAUUUAAUUAGAAGAGAAUUAUGAUUGUACAGCGCGGUACGGGCUUACAAUAACUAUAAAUAUGGUCACAGUCUUGCACAGCUUAACGCCUUGACGGUGAUACAUCAGAUUAGUUAUUAGGCGUUAGCGUGUGCCUAAGUUAUGCAUUAGCGGGUCUUAUUUCGAAAUAUGUCUUUAAAAAAAGAAUUUAUACGCACGGGUGUAAUUUACGUAUAUUUACGGGUAUAAUUACGUAGUAUUAUAUAGUAGUAUUACACUAGAUCGCUAAAUUUCAUGCUCACAUUUACUAAAAUUUUAAUUACAUUUAUACACCAAUAAAGUUUACCAGCAGCUGUCCAGGUUUCAUUAUUACUUACUGAUCCCAUAUAUACGAGGUAAAACAGAGGCGAAAGACCAACUGUUAUCCGUAAAAUACACGAUCGCCCCUUGAAACUGCAUCAUGGAAAUAGAAUAUUGCGAUGGAAUCAAAGAAGGAAAAGCAUCAUCACGAUCGACUUUCGAAGCAACAGUUCGAGGUUUAAUCUAGCAAAAGGGAAGGAAGAACGCGAGAUCCACUGAGAGACGAUCAAAGGAGACAUUACACCGUGCGCUAAAGCACAACCAGAAUAGAAGGGAACGACAAACCGCGGCUGUGACAUUUCCGGCUCGUUUCGUAGGUCGUAAAGAGAGGUAAAAGCGUAGGCAUUAUGUGGAUCGAGCUUCGAAGGCGACCAAAAAGCCGGUGAUAAUGGCGUAGAGAGCAGUGGCGACUCAAAGCCGACUCGGCUCGAAAAAAAAAAGAAGAGGAAGAAAGGGAAGGAAAGAGGAUAGGUUGCAAGUUGGCGAGCGAUGCGAUGUGCGAACCGGUGGUGUGCGGUGCACGGAGUUACUUUCGAGCAUAAGCGCGCUCGUUCGGACUUCCUAGUAGCGCAUACGAAGUAUUGUUUGGAAAGCAGCUCAUCGCCAAGAGCCUCUCGUUAAAUCUCCAAGAACUUUGUUCGUCCAGCUCUCGCUCGAGAUCAAUACGACUCCUAGUUCAGCUACAUAUGUAGUUACAUGACAAAAGUUCUGAACUUUUGACCCGACGGCGGCCAUUGUACGGCCGACAGACGUCUAUUCCAUCGCGUUUCCCUAUUUUCUUCUAUUCCGUGUUGCACAUUUCACGCGUCCAGGACCGGCACAGCUGGACCACGGGGGUGGCAUUAUCGUUUUGCAUGUGGCUCCUGCGUACGUAUGUAUAAUGCAUGGCUGUUUUGAAAAGGUAAUGCAAUUCAUAACGGAACACUGUGAUGCGUUCCGCUCGUGUUUUCCCGUCUCCAGAAACCACCGGCGAAAAUAAUAAUGCUUAUGGACCUUAAUAAUCAUAAAAAUGCUAAUGUUAAUGACGCUGGGGGAUGUGGGCGGGAGUUGGCGGUGGCCGUGAUAUUAAUGGAGGGAUCGUCGUCGUGCAUGGGAAACAAUAAUAAGAACAAUGAAAACGGCCACGACAGCAAUGAGCACGAGAUAAUACGAGGGAAAUGCGAGGGUGAAACGAACAGUAUUGUAGUUGUAACUGUCGCCCAAGCCAGACCCUGUGAAAUUGUUUAACGAGAUCACUCGGAUUUUUCGUCCUUUAUAUGCCUUGAAAAUAAAACGCUCGACUAUUUGUUUAUUUAGAAGAGAACAUUUUGUGGCCACUAUCAAAAGUUUUGCAGCAGAUCGAUUAUUUCUCUUCUAGUGUAUCGCUACUCGAUACACAGGCAUGUAU